AUGGGUGGGAGGGGGAAAGUGUUUGUGCGGAGGAAGACGGGAAAGCGAUUGGAGUGGGCAGACAAGGGAGAGGAAGGACGGGAGGGGGAGGGGGAUUUAUAUACACAUUCGGGGAUGCGGAAUGGUGCGCCGGAAGCGUCCUCCUCUCCCUUUGGCUGCCCCAGUCCCUCCACCGCAUCGUCCCUUGCGAUCCGCUCACCGACAUGCGCCCAGCGGAUGCGUAUCGCCCCACCCAGCGCUGGGACGCAGACAUGGCCAUCCUCGCGCGCGGACGCCUCCGACAUGGGCGCCCCUAGUGCAACGCAACGGCAACAGCAACGGCAUUGGCAACCGAUCUCUUGGAUUCGAUCUUCCGCCAAGGUCUGCAGCACCGACCGUUCAUCUUCGAGGCUCGGUUCGCUCGCCCUACAGCUUCCGGUCCAGUCGAUCCGUGAUGUCACCCGGACGUUUGGUUCGCCAUCGGCAUCCCCCUUCCUUUCAACUGCCACCUGGGUCCACCCGCACGCGCGAAUCGCGAUGCCCGAUUCGCCGUCUUCUACCCCCUCCUCUCGCUGUCCCCUUCGAAACGUCUCUCGUUCGGGGGCUGGCUUCCCACGUACCACGCUGACCCAUGCAUCACCCGCCAUCUAUAUAGCAUCAUCGACACAUCCUUGUCCACGGCCGCUCCCGCCCACCACACCCGCUGCUGCUCACUGCACACAGUCCUCGCCUGGUCCCGGCCGGGCUCAGCAUAAUACGACGCACCUCAUGCUCUCGCUUUCCUCCCCGCUCGGCUUCUCCUUCGCAUACUCUCCCGUAACCCCCUGUCCUCCCGAGUUCGGCCGAUCCCAGCAGCUCGCGACGGCUUCCAGCCGCUCCCAUCAGCUUUGCGGCGCCGGCGCUCUUCAGCUGAUCCUCCUCCGGUCCGGACCCGCGAUGCUCCCCUCCGCCGCGCAAGUGCACCGUCAUGGGCUAUCCAAUAAACUCGGCUCGACCCUGCUCGAGCGUGUUAUUUUUGGCAAGGCUGGCUGCUAG